AUGCUGGACGAAAACUUGCCCACCUUCUACAUAAAGCCUUCGACGGAUGCUGUCAAACAUCACCAGUCCUUCUACUAUACCCAAUAUGGAUCCGAGCCCGAAGCAACCUACUCCCUACACUACCUCGAUCCCUCGACAAACGAAGCAACAAAUACCUACGCUGCCGCCAUCUUCGACGCGCACAACCCCGACGUCCUCUUCGCCGAAGUCCUCGUGAAGCCAGGAUGGACCCAACCUUCCCUAUCGCAGGAAGAUAUCCGGAGGAAUGGAGGGGUGCCUCCGCCACCUCAGCCCAUAAUGCCCACCGAGUUCGCUAUACAGCUCUACAAUCCGGAUCAGGAGGUGAUGAUCAGGCAACAGACUGGGAAAUGGGGUGGUAGCAAUAGCUACGAGUUCAGCAUGCCUCAAAGCUCGUUCCGGACUCCCAGCGCCUCUACGCUGGACCGAAGCCAGAACGAUCCCUCAGCAGACGCCGCCACGCCCAAGAUCAACUUCGUCUGGAGAAAGGAGAGCAAGCUCUCGAAGAACAUGACAUGCUUCCUCACGGGCAAGUCUACAGAUCCUACGGGGAAGAAGAAUCGGAGCAGGGAGCCGGACAUUGCGAUUGCGAUGUUUGAAGGGCUGAAGGCCAUCACGAUCCUCGAGUCGAACCUCUACCGGGUGGACAUGGAGGACUACAAGGGACUGGAGGUUGUCUUAUUGCUUGGAGCUGCGGCUAUGAGAGACAUCUACUUUGGAGACGCGAAAGCGGCAUUCCACAUUACCGAUCCUGCGACCCGAAAGAAUAGUGGAGGUAUCAUGGGAAGGAAAACUUCGUCACCUGUCCAACCAGUCGUAACACCCCCGUUGACUGGUAGAGCCACAGCGCAGCCGCAGAAAUUGCCACUACGACCCGGGCCUAAAGGAGCAGCUGUCGGCGCGUUAUACAACCAAUCGUCGCGAAACGAGACACAACGGCAGAGUCUACCUCCGAUUAAUACAGGAAAUACACCGCCUCCGCGUUUUGACCCUCGCAAGCAAUGGGAGAUCGACGCCGAGACCGCACGUCUCAAGGCCCAGGUAGAGGCAGAAGAUAAGGAGCGUAAGAGGCUCCAGGACAUCGAGAGGCGGAAGCGAUUGAAAGCCGAAGAAGAGGAGGCAAAGAAGACGAAAAGAUUUCUCGAAACUGAAGAACGAGAGCGACGUCGGCGUCAAGCAGAAGUCGAUAAGGAAACGGAGCGGUUGCGAAAGAAAUAUGGCGAUCAGGGUAGCCUUGCUCCACCUGCUCAGCAGUCGAAUCGACACUCUACUCCCAAUAUUCAGUUUCAAGCACCGGGUCAGCCACAGCAUCGCCAAUCAUAUGCUCCUGCGCAACCGCCGCGUCCCAACAAUCCAUACCUACAGACUGCUGCGACUAGCAGGCCGACUGCUUCUCAGAGCUCAUUCUUUGGUGGUGGUGGCUCUUUACGACCUGAUAACGGCCAAAGGCUGAACAGCGGCCAGAAAAAGAAGAGUUUCUGGAAACUGAGAAGUCAUAGUGAUGUGGAAAGCCCGAAUACUCUUCGUAAGAAACAGAGUAGUAUGUUUUAA